GCUAUUUCUGAAUGACCUAAAUUAACAUCUGUUAAUUCAUAACUAUAACUGUCAAUGGAAACUGGUCGUUAGUUUGUUAGUGUUUUGAAUGACCUUUGGUACGCUGCUCAACUUAAUGCCAAGUUUCAGCCAAACAGUGUCAGACAGACAUGCGUCUACACGCAGUGUUACUUUGUCUCGAAGAUAAACAUGACAGCAGCGCUGAGAGAGGCCAUUUUUAUAUGUGGAAUUUUUCUUAUUGUCUCAUCUAAAGCAGCUGGUCAAACAUGCAGGGGAAAGUGUGGAGACCUGUUGGAGGACUGCUCCUGCCGUACAACCUGUGUGUCUUUGCUGAACUGCUGUGCAGACUACAACCAGUCCUGCUUCCAGGUGAUGCCUCAUUCCAGCUCCAUGCUGGGUGGAAGAGCUCUGAGGAUCCACAGUUUGGUCCUUCAUCCCGGUGGGAGCCUUCUCUGCAGGUUCAAAGGAGAGAUUGAGCGAGAUGGGUUUAUUGAUGCUGAAGGGCAUGCCUACUGCAUCUCUCCUUUACUGUAUGAGACGGGUUGGAUACCAUUUGCUGUCUCAACAGAUGGAAAAACCUUUGACAGAUCUGGAGAGUACUUGUCAGUCCACCCCAGUAAAGUGGACCCAGCCUUUGAAGUCACCCUGGUGAACGCAACACAGUGGCAGUACUACGGCACGCCGAACAUGGCAGGAUGGCUUAAGAUGACGUGGAACAGCUCUUUGAUUGGGGCAGAGAAGGUCAACAUAGAGCUGUGGGGUUACAGAGAGUUCAGCAGGGGCGCAGAGGCAGCGACGAAUGGCUCAUCCCCUCUGCAGGCCGAGCUGCGCUAUCUCUACUCUCUCGGCAGGAAUCUGGCCAACACUGGUGCCUUCAGCUUCAUCCCCGAGCCCUCACAGGACUACUCUGACUGGGAGUUGGGAAAUAUCCGCAUCACUGCUAGCUCCAAGCCAGAUGGAGCAAGGGAUGUACAGGGGCUCUGGAGUGGAGGUCAUGUCUUAGCCUGGCACCUGGAGCAGGCUUUCAGAGAUGACUCUGCAGCCUGGGCCGAGAGCAAGUGUCUGCAGUGGGACGUCCUGGAGAAGAAGCUGCCCAGCUUCCUGGAUGAGCUCAUAGACUGCCCUUGCACUCUGGCACAGGCCCGAGCAGACACAGGCAGGUUUCACGCUGACUAUAGUUGUGACAUUGAGAGGGGCAGUGUGUGCACUUAUCACCCAGGUUGUGUCCACUGCGUCAGAGCAAUUCAGGCCAGUCCUACGCAUGGUUCAGGGCAGCAGUGCUGCUAUGACAGCACAGGCGCUCUGGUGCUGACAGGAGACUCAGUCGGUGGCAGCACCCCAGACAGGGCUCACGACUGGGGCUCACCUCCGUACAGGGAGCCACCGCGGGUGCCGGGGUAUUCCCACUGGCUUUACGAUGUCAUGAGUUUCUACUACUGCUGCCUGUGGUCCAACCGCUGCCACAUCUACUUCAACCAUCGACCUUCUAGCGGGUGCCGCAACUACCGGCCCCCAAGAGCUGGUGUUGUCCUCGGUGAUCCGCAUUUCAUAACGUUUGACGGCCUCAGAUACACCUUCAAUGGCAAAGGAGAGUUCACCCUUGUGUCUUCGCCAGACAGAGAGCUGAGUGUUCAGGCCAGAACAGAACAGGUGAAACUUAAGAACGGCACCUUGGCCCGAGCCACGUGGCUGUCAUCAGUGGCUAUGAAGGAAAAGGCCUCUGAUGUCAUCGAGGUACGUCUAGCAGAGGGCCAGCUUCAGGUGCUGAGGAACCAAAAGUUCCUUCCUUUCACUGAGCAGAGAUGGAUGGACCUACACGGAGUGUUUGUGUUCGCCCCCAGUCCUCAGGACUUGACAGCAAUCUUCCUCUCCGGUGCUGGCGUGGAGGUUCGUUUGUAUGAAGGAACCAUGGCGGUGACGGUCCUGCUCCCGACAGGGUUCACCAACAACACUCAGGGCCUCCUCGGCCUGAUGAACUCUGACCCAUCAGAUGACCUGGUGACCCAAACAGGAGAGGUCAUCUCGGCCGAUGCCACGUCAGAGGAAAUCUUCACCUUUGGAGCCGGCUGGAACAUUUCAAAGACGUCCUCCCUUUUCACAUAUGACUCGAAGUACCUUUUGGACAACUACUAUUUCCCACCAAGCCACGAUUCUGCUUUUGUCCCUGCCUUUUCUCUACCUGAGGGGCCUGAUGACCCUCUGGUGGCAGACAUGUUGAGGAUGUGCUUUGGAGAAGGAGCGAAGUUCUGUAAAUACGAUACCCUGACCACUCGGAGCCUCACAAUGGGAAACGCCACACUCAGGGCCUACCAGAGUCAUCGGGCCCAAAUGGCAGCUCUGGAGCCAGUUGUGUCUUGUGGCUGGCUUCCCACACCCAGGAACGGGAGGAAGAAUGGGACACAUUACCUGGAGGGGAAUGCUCUGAGUUUCACCUGCAAUCAAGGCUACAUACUGUACGAUUCUACAGAGCGCACUUGUCUGGAUGAUGGGACCUGGACGGGAGAGCAACCCUACUGUAUAACAGAUGAUAACGUGGGGUUUGUACUCGGCGCCAUCGGCUCCAUCUCAGCCCUCGUCACAAUGGGGGUAAUGAUCAGACUGCACAACAGGAAACAAGACAGAGAGAAGAAAGAGAAACAGGACCAGAUGGUGACCCAAGAACAAACCUGCUAAACCAUCAAAAUCCUUUCGGGUUAUGGAUCACACCACUCUACACUGAAACCUACCACCAUGUGGCCGAUGGCAACAAAUGUGUUUAGAGCUGAGCAUUUGGAAAUCACAUGCAGUCGUGUUCUUCAUUAGGACGAUGGUCUUCUCUUGACCUGUUGACCUUAUCAGGAAAACCUCAGGCACUACUUAGGCUUUCAGCGUGUUGUUUGGCCUCAUGUUUUUCCUCUUGUUUAGUUUGGAAAACCUCCAGGUCGUGCAGGCGCAUGGGGUGAGGAUUGAGGGUAUUGAAGUAAAGGAAAAAUGCCAUGAUUGUUUUUAUAUUCCCGUUUUGCAUGACUGGACGUCCGAUCUUCGCUAGAGAGAGAAUUGUAUAAAUACUGCACAGAGAUAUCAUCAUUACCGUCAACACUCCCUUCUCCUGUUCAGUUUAAAAUAGGACCAGAUGUGUUCAUGCUCAUGUCAGAUGUGAAGCGAACCUGACCAUUUUUUGGUUGAAAGACUUUGAACUCGUAUGCAGCCUUUGUGUGGGCUCCCAGCCUUCAGUCAAACGAAGGGUUUUGCUGAGUGACUGAGCCUGAAAUGUUACAUAAAGGUCACCUUUUUGCACUGUAUCGACACUUGCUUUCUUUGUUUUCUUUGCACUGUUACACAUCUGUA